GGAUUUACAAUUUUGGGGAAUUACAAUAUCUGAAUGUGUUGAUAUAGCUUCCGUUGUGUCACUUUGUUUUAUUCUGUAAAAUCACAGGAAGUGGGGAUGUGAUGAUUAACAAGUAUAAAGAUGUGAGAAGGGAGAAACUGAGAAAUAAGUUUCUGUUCUCUUCAAAUAAACCUCCAAAAUCACUUAAAGUAACUUAUUUUAAGUUUGAAACACGCAGUUGUUCUAUUCAGGUUUUUUAAACUAUCGAUAAGAUCUUGGUCGGGAUGACGCAUAGAAGCAUCUGCAAUCUAUGGAUACUUCUGGCAGCCGUUACCCUGUCCCAGCUGUGGAGAGGCCAGGUGUCGAGCUAUUCUAUUGAAGUGGUUUCCAGUGUCCGGGUGCAGGAGGGUCACGAUGCCUCAGUUCCUUGUAGCUUCACUGCUGAUGGCAGAAAUACGUUCAGUAAUUCCUUUGGAUACUGGAGAGAGCUCUAUUCCCAAUCUAUCGUAGCCACUAAUGAUGAAUCCAGUGCUGGGCAAAAAACAAACUUCAAACUGACGGGAAAUCCAGAUUCCGGAGACUGCACCCUGACCAUAACUGACGCCAGGAGAGAAGAUGAUACGGAAUAUUACUUCAGAUUUGAAGAAAGCAAAAACAGUAACGUGAAAUAUAGUUAUAAAGCCCAAAAAACCCACAUUAUUGUGACUGGUGUCACAGGCCAGAUGCCGAGCUAUUCUAUUGAAGUGGUUUCCAGUGUCCGGGUGCAGGAGGGUCACGAUGCCUCAAUUCCUUGUAGCUUCACUGCUGAUGGCAGAAAUACGUUCAGUAAUUCCUUUGGAUACUGGAGAGAGCUCUAUUCAGAAUCUAUCGUAGCCACUAAUGAUGAAUCCAGGGCUGGGCAAAAAGCAAACUUCAAACUGACGGGAAAUCCAGAUUCCGGAGACUGCACCCUGACCAUAACUGACGCCAGGAGAGAAGAUGAUACGGAAUAUUACUUCAGUUUUGAAGACAGCAAAGACAGUAAAGUGAAAUAUAGUUAUAAAGACCAAAAAACCUACAUUAUUGUGGCUGGUAUUAAAGAGAAGAUCGUGUUUUCCAAGGGUUAUUCUAUUGAAGUGAACUCCAGUGUCAGUGUACAGAAAGGUCUUAGUGUCUCGAUUCCUUGUAAAUUCACUGCUGCCGAUACAAAUACGUUCCGUAAUUCCUUUGGAUACUGGAGAGAGCUCUAUUCAGAAUCUAUCGUAGCCACUAAUGAUGAAUCCAGUGCUGGGCAAAAAGCAAACUUCAAACUGACGGGAAAUCCAGAUUCUGGAGACUGCACCCUGACCAUAACUGAUGCCAGGACAGAAGAUGAGGGGGUAUAUUAUUUCCGAUUUCAAGAAAGCAAAGACGGUAAAGUGAAAUAUAAUUAUUACAAAGAAGUGACCACCACUAUUAAAGUCACUGGUCUCACACCUCAGGUCGUACAUAUUCCAUACUAUUCUAUCACAGUGGCUUCCAGUGUCGAGGUACAGGAGGGUCUCUGUGUCACGAUUCCUUGUCAUUUCACUGCUGACAGUAGAAAUACAUUCAGUGAUUCAUUUGGUUACUGGAUGCGGAUGCCUCAACAACCAAAAUAUGUCGUAGCCACUAAUGAUAAAUCCAGUGCUGUGCAAAAGACAAACUUCAAUCUGAUGGGCAAUCCAGAUUCCGGAGACUGCACCCUGACCAUAACUGAUGCCAGUAGAGAAGAUGAGGGGGUAUAUUAUUUCAGAUUUCAAGAAAGUAAAGACAAUGCAGUGAAAUAUAGUUAUUACAAAGUGACCACCGCUAUUAAAGUUACUGAUCUGACAGAAGAACCUGUCAUCUCGGAUGUUGGAUCACUGAUUGCUGGUGUGAAUAAGACAGUGACCUGCGCUCCCUUAAGAAACUGCCCAGGGAAUUCCUUAGCUUUCCAAUGGAAGAAGAGUAAUGUGGCUGGAAUCUGGAAGAAUUCAUCUACAAUUACAUUUACCCCAUCUAUAGAGGAUGACCAGGAAACAAUCACAUGUGAGAUGACAAGCUCCAGCGGGAACACAACUCUAAAACACAUUUAUCUUAAUUUUGACUGUCACUCCUAUAGCAGGAUAAAUUAUAUACUCGUUCCAAAGGAUCAGAUACCUACUUUCUUGGAUGCAAAAAUUGGCAACAUCACCAUAUCAGAUCACGCCCCUAUCUUCUGCACUAUCCGGCCACCCUCAGAAUCAGGUUUUACAGAAGAACCAGUCAUCUCAGAUUUUGGAACAUUGAUUGUUGGUGUAAAUAAGACUUUGACCUGCGCUCCUCCAAGAAAUUGCCCUGUGAAAUCUUUAGCUUUCCUGUGGAAGAAGAGUAAUGUGGCUGGAAUCUGGACGAAUUUAUCUACAAUUACCUUUACCCCAUCUAUAGAAGAUGACCAGGAAACCAUCACAUGUGAGAUUACAAACUCCUGGGGGAACACAAUUCAAAAACUCAUUCAUCUUAAUGUUGACCGUAUUAAAGAGAAGAUCGUGUUUUCCAAGGGUUAUUCUAUUGAAGUGAACUCCAGUGUCAGUGUACAGAAAGGUCUUAGUGUCUCGAUUCCUUGUAAAUUCACUGCUGCCGAUACAAAUACAUUCAGUAAUUCCUUUGGAUACUGGAGAGAGCUCUAUUCAGAAUCUAUCGUAGCCACCAAUGAUGAAUCCAGUGCUGGGCAAAAAACAAACUUCAAACUGACGGGAAAUCCAGAUUCUGGAGACUGCACCCUGACCAUAACUGAUGCCAGGACAGAAGAUGAGGGGGUAUAUUAUUUCCGAUUUCAAGAAAGCAAAGACGGUAAAGUGAAAUAUAAUUAUUACAAAGAAGUGACCACCACUAUUAAAGUCACUGGUCUCACACCUCAGGUCGUACAUAUUCCAUACUAUUCUAUCACAGUGGCUUCCAGUGUCGAGGUACAGGAGGGUCUCUGUGUCACGAUUCCUUGUAAUUUCACUGCUGACAGUAGAAAUACAUUCAGUGAUUCAUUUGGUUACUGGAUGCGGAUGCCUCAACAACCAGAAUAUGUCGUAGCCACUAAUGAUAAAUCCAGUGUCGCGCAAAAGACAAACUUCAAUUUGAUGGGCAAUCCAGAUUCCGGAGACUGCACCCUGACCAUAACUGAUGCCAGUAGAGAAGAUGAGGGGGUAUAUUAUUUCAUAUUUCAAGAAAGUAAAGACAGUGAAGUGAAAUAUAGUUAUUACAAAGUGACCACCGCUAUUAAAGUUACUGGUUUAACAGAAGAACCAGUCAUCUCAGAUUUUGGAACAUUGAUUGUUGGUGUAAAUAAGACUUUGACCUGCGCUCCUCCAAGAAAUUGCCCUGAGAAAUCUUUAGCUUUCCUGUGGAAGAAGAGUAAUGUGGCUGGAAUCUGGACGAAUUUAUCUAGAAUUACCUUUACCCCAUCUAUAGAAGAUGACCAGGAAACCAUCACAUGUGAGAUUACAAACUCCUGGGGGAACACAACUCAAAAACUCAUUCAUCUUAAUGUUGACCGUGUCACAGGCCAGAUGCCGAGCUAUUCUAUUGAAGUGGUUUCCAGUGUCCGGGUGCAGGAGGGUCACGAUGCCUCAAUUCCUUGUAGCUUCACUGCUGAUGGCAGAAAUACGUUCAGUAAUUCCUUUGGAUACUGGAGAGAGCUCUAUUCAGAAUCUAUCGUAGCCACUAAUGAUGAAUCCAGUGCUGGUCAAAAAGCAAACUUCAAACUGACGGGAAAUCCAGAUUCCGGAGACUGCACCCUGACCAUAACUGACGCCAGGAGAGAAGAUGAUACGGAAUAUUACUUCAGAUUUGAAGAAAGCAAAGACAGUAACGUGAAAUAUAGUUAUAAAGACCAAAAAACCCACAUUAUUGUGACUGACCUCAACUCUACAAAUGUUUCUUCAUCCUGUGAUAUCGCCCUAACAACAUUAUCAGAAAGGUUCAAGUCCGGUGAACACGGAAAAGAGAAUGAAGUGAAUGCAGUUACUUAUUGUACUUACCAUGAGCUAAGUGCAUAA